CCGAUAUUUGAUAAGCCAUCCUACAUACAAUUAGUGUCAUUCCUUGUCGAUACGCGAUGGUUGAAAUUCCAAAAUUCCGUCAAAUCGCGACCACCUGUUCCCCCGUAUUUUAAUCCGCGUUGGUCGUUGCUUGGGCAUGGUUUAGUUCGCGACGUACCAUCGUUUCCACCACACACGUCACGAAUUUCACGAAAAGCGAGCCCGGGUGUGCUGCUAGCGCCAAAAAAUUUCGACUUUAAGUGCGUGAAUGAGUGCAUAAUAAUUUUCGAAAAUGGACGUAAGCAGAACGCUUUUUUUGCAACUACCGAAAGAAAAAACCAUCGAUAUCGAAUUCGAUAAUGUCACAUAUUCGGUUCCGGAAGGACGAAAAGGAAGGAAGCAAAUCGUCAAAGGUGUGUGUGGCAAGUUCAAAGCGGGCGAGUUGACGGCCAUUAUGGGACCUUCCGGAGCCGGAAAAACAUCCCUACUUAACAUCUUAACCGGAUUUCAGACCGUGGGAAUGCACGGUGUGAUAAAAAGCACCCACGACAAAGAGGUUCGUUUCGGGGCCCAGCAAUACAAAAAGCAGUCCUGUUACAUCCUGCAGGACGACCAACUGGCGCCCCUUUUCACAGUCGCCGAGAUAAUGAACAUGGCUGCAGACUUGAAACUAGGACACAGUAUAUCAUCGAAAAGGAAAUGCAUGCUGAUCGAUGAUAUUUUGGAUACUUUGGGUCUGUCGACGGCAAAGGACACGCGUUGUCAACGAUUAUCUGGUGGCCAGAAAAAACGUCUCUCGAUCGCUCUUGAACUCAUCGACAAUCCGCCCAUUAUGUUCUUGGACGAACCGACCACAGGUUUGGACAGCUCGUCCUCGGCACAAUGUAUAAGCAUGUUGAAAGAACUUGCAAGAGGCGGAAGAACAAUUAUUUGCACGAUUCAUCAACCGAGUGCCACGCUAUACGAAAUGUUUGAUCACGUCUACGUCAUGGCCGAAGGCAAAUGCAUUUAUCAGGGGGCCAGCCAAAACACGGUCACUUAUUUAUCGUCAAUUGGGUUCAACUGCCCCCAGUAUCACAACCCCGCAGAUUAUCUAUUGGAAGUUGCUAACGGCGAAUAUGGUAAUUUCACCGAUUUUUUGGCGAAAGCAGCGACCGAAAACCAGUGGAGAACAGCAGUGACCUCGGAUAAACUGGAGAACAAAAUAAACGAAAAGACGGAGAACACAGUUGAAAAUGCAAAAACUUAUCAGCACACGCAACCACCCUCUGAGUUGUUUAAAUUUUACAUUCUAGUCAAACGAUCGUUUUUGCAAAUGUACAGGGACUGGACGAUUUCUCAUUUGAAAAUCCUGCUGCAUUUCCUCGUAGGAAUCGUCCUAGGGUUAAAUUAUUACCAAUCGGGAAAUGACGGGUCGAAGACGAUCAGUAAUGUAGGUUUCUUCAUCGUAAGUUCGGUUUAUUUGACGUACACAUCUCUAAUGCCCGCCGUACUCAAAUUUCCAUCUGAACUGGCAGUAUUAAAAAAAGAACGGUUCAAUAACUGGUACAAACUCAAAACAUAUUACGCUGCAUUUUUAAUGUCAGACGUACCGAUGCAAAUAAUUUUUUGCAUGUCGUACAUCUCUACGUCGUACUUUUUGAGCGACCAGCCCUCGGAAAGUUUCCGAUUUUUUAUGGUGGUCGGCAUAUUAAUUCUACUCUCAUUGACAGCGUCCAGUCUUGGAUUAGUCAUCGGGACUUUGGUAAACCCAAUUAACGGGACAUUCUUUGGCGCUAUUAUAACCGCCGUCAUGUUAUGUUUUGCCGGAUUUUUGAUUUUGUUCACUCACAUGUCGAAACCAAUGUACAUGAUGACCUAUGUGUCGUUUUUGGCAUACUCUUACGAAGGCUUGGUCCAAGCAGUUUACGGUUUUAACCGACCCUCAAUUCCGUGUCCUGAGGAAGUCGAGUAUUGCCAUUUGAAAGUGCCUGAGCUCAUUUUGAGAGAGUUGGGAAUGACAAACAAUACUUAUUGGACCGAUGUUGCUUUUCUUUUUGGCAAUUUCCUCCUACUGAGGAUAGUCGCGUUUUGCACUUUGAAACGGCGGCUGAGGACCGGUUGAUAUAUUUUUUGUGAUUAUCUUACUAACAUUAGGUGAUUUUUAUGAGAGAUUAUUUAUAUGGACUAGUUUUGUAAAUAUACAAGUGUGGUGUGAGAUACAAUACUUGUUUUGUAUUAUACAAAGAUUCUAUUUAAUAAAAAAUUACUGUAC